UGUGAAGCGGUUGCUUGAAAAAGUGUAGCGGCAUAUUUUUGCUGGGGAAAAUAGAACACCGUUUAUACCGUUAGUUGGUAGUAUUUAUAUAGUAAAGCAACCAUAGCCGUGGUAAAUUAUUGGAAACUGAGUGUGGUGUGCGUGUGUGUGCAGGUGUAAAACGGUGUAUAGGUCGUCUCGUUUUCAGCCAGCAAGCAAAAGCCUAAGAAAUACAACUAAAACUACAGAAACACACAACAAACUAAAAACUAAAGCACAAAAAAUCUAUAGAAAACAAAGAGUCAAUAGUGUGUGCGUGUAUGCUGGUUCCGAGCAAAAAAAUCAAUACGCCAAAUAAAUAACAAAAAAAAUAUAUAUAUAAAAACAAAUAAAAACGUAAAAUAAAUACGCUGGUAACGUAUACAACAUUACUAACUAAGAACAUGGCGAAUAUGAAUGCUACAGAAAAUGACGUUUGGAAUUUCCUAUUCGUCGAAUUGGCUGAUCCACGUACAAAUGAUUGGUUUCUAAUGAAAUCGCCGGUGCCGAUAUUCUCAAUUGUUGGCCUCUAUUUGUAUUUUGUGCUCUCCUGGGGUCCACGCUAUAUGCGCGAUCGAAAGCCAUUUAAAUUGGAAAAGACUUUGAUUGUUUAUAAUUUCAUUCAAGUAUUACUCAGCGCAUGGAUGGUCUAUGAGGGUUGCGUUGCUUGGAGAAAUUACAAUUGGCGCUGCCAGCCAGUGGAUCAUUCGUUCGCUCCACAAGCAGUGAGGGAAGCGCGUGGCGUUUAUGUCUAUUAUUUAGCGAAGAUCAGUGAGCUAUUAGAUACAGUUUUCUUUGUGUUGCGUAAAAACGAACGUCAAGUGACUUUCCUGCAUGUCUAUCAUCACUCUGUUAUGCCGCUUAUAUCCUGGGGCACCACAAAGUAUUAUCCCGGCGGUCAUGGCACAUUCAUCGGUUGGAUUAAUUCAUUCGUACACAUAGUUAUGUACACAUAUUACUUCCUGUCGGCAUUUGGACCAAAAGUGCAAAAAUAUUUGUGGUGGAAAUCACAUAUUACCACUUUGCAAAUGGUGCAAUUCUGCAUGGUCUUCAUACACCAAACUCAACUACUCUACACCGAUUGCGGUUACCCCCGGUGGACUGUUUGCUUCACCCUACCCAAUGCCAUCUUCUUCUACUAUCUCUUCAAUGAUUUCUAUCAGAAGUCAUACAAAAAGAAACAACAAGCUGUAACAGAUGCCGCCAAUGCUAAGAACGCCGCCGCUGCUAUCGCCGCAGCCACUGACAACAAUAAUAAUUUCACUGCCAAAAAUCUGAAUGGUGUGCCGAUUAGCGCGACGGGUGAUCUGAAGGAAGCGAAGAAGAGUCUGUAAUUCUCAACUGUGUUAAAAGUGCUCAGCGCAUAGCAAAAACAUGUAAUGUAAGGAACUCGCAAGUACCGCCGAUAUAACUUUAGGCAUGCAGCAGCUCAUUCAUCUCGCAUACAUACGUGUACAUACAUACACAUGUGUUAACGCUGCUGUGCUAUCGCGUGUGUUGGCGUCUACACACUACCAAUCUCAGUUGUAUAAAUGGUAUUAUUUUUAAGUGGAAUUAAAAUCGAAAAUACUACAACUCUUGCCUAUUCUAUACUUUUAUGUAUAUGUGUAAAUGUUUGUGUGUAUUGAUAUAACGUGUUGGGAAUAUAUUUUUUUUUUGUAUCUUUAACUUUUUAAUGUAAGCGUGAUUUUGUUAAGAAGGAAACAAAAAACCAUGUAAAUUACUUUUAAUUGAUUUAAGUAUAUACUCAAUCAGUUUAUUUCAAGAUAAUGAUAACUAUGAAAAUUAAAUAAGCGAUAACGAGUUAAAUACACCUAUUUUGCGGGUGGAAAAUUCAUAAUGAAGAUUCAUAGUCAAACGCAAAUAGGAAGUCAGUAACGCGCUUUUACCUUAGGUUAAGUAAAAUAUAAUUAAAAUAUAUAUAUGUAUAUAUGAUAAGAACAACUUUGUAAUGUAUACAUAUUAAUGUAAAUAAUAUACAUAAAUAGUCAUGUAUACAAUUAUUUGUAAAGUUUAUGUAUCAUUACUUAUACAUAC